AUGUCUAUCGCUACCGACGAUGUAAAGGCCACUGUGAUGCCGGUCACCAUUUCACCUUCCGAAGAGGGCCAAUCUUCUGAUUCAGAAACUGUGAUAAUAACCUGGGAUGGAGACAACGACCCCGAAAACCCCGUAAACUGGCCCCCUUGGAAAAAGUCAGCCGUUACAGGAAUUGGGCUUUUCGCAACCUUCAUUGCUCUAAUGAAUGGAACCAUCAUCACGCCCGCGCACUAUGCAAUAGACAGACAGUUUAAUAUUGAUGAAGCACAUUUCCCAAACUCCUACUGGAUGAUCACCUCCUGGGGCGUGGGAGGUGCUCUGUCUUCUCUUGUGGUUCUACCUGUCAUGGAAGACUUUGGCAUUCGAUACGUCUUCCUGGCCGUUUAUCUGAUCUACAUUUGCUUCUUGAUCCCAACGGGCGUGGCUCAGAACUUCGCUACACUUAUCAUCACGCGGUUCUUCUCCGGUGGUUGCGUUGCCAUUCUAGCCAAUACAGUGGCCGGAAUCAUAUCUAAUAUUUAUGCUGGGAAUCGCGCACGUACUGUUCCCUUGAGCAUGUAUAUCACCACAUACUUGGCAUCCAGCAGUAUGGGGCCGGUUAUUGGUGCUUCAAUCUACCAGUUCUUGUCGUGGCGUUGGAUUGGAUAUCUUCAGCUUAUCUGGACUGGUCUUUUCUUCCCUAUCUUUGUUUUCGCGUUGCCGGAGACCCGUGGCUCUGCUAUCCUCAAAGCCCGGGCACAGAAACUACGGAAGGAAGGGAGAAAGGCAUACACACAAGAAGAGCUUGAGACCACGUCUAUCGUGCAAGUUGUCUGGAAUAGUGUUCAGCGACCCUUAUACAUGCUCUGUACCGAAUCAGUGGUCUUCGUCUCCACAAUAUGGUCUGCUUUCAGCAUAGGGACCAUCUACCUAUUCACCCAAUCGGCAGAGCAAGUCUUCGGCGAACUAUACGGUUGGGAUGCCGUCAGGGGAGGAUACGUGCAAGCGGCCGUUGUUAUCGGCGAGAUUAUCGGUUGGAUAUACUGCCUUCUCACCAACCGCUGGUACUACCAGUCCGCCUUACGGAAUACAGAAACCCCAGGAAAAGAAAUCCCUGAGGCCCGUCUAUACCAAGCCCUAGCAGGCGGGUUAAUCGGUGUCGCCGGAGGCAUGUUCGUCUACGCGUGGACAUCUUACCCUUCUAUCCCGUGGAUUGCUCCAGCCAUUGGUCUUGCUAUGGUCGGCGCUGGCUGUACGUGCGUUAUAGUCAGCAAUGCAAACUACCUUAUUGAUGCGUAUAGCAUGUUUGCGGCGAGCGCUGUUGGAGCUAUUGGACUAGGGGAGAAUAUGUUCGUUGCGUUUCUUCCGUUGGCGGCUCAAUCUAUGUAUACGAAUUUGGGGUCACAUUGGGCGAGCUCGCUCUUGGGUUUGGUUUCUCUGGUGUUGGCGUUUGCUCCGGUCGCGGUCUUUGUAUGGGGGAAGGAAAUAAGAGCUCGCAGUCCGUAUAUUAGGGAGGCUGCUGAGGAGGAGAGGAGGAAUGUUGUGGGUUCUGCGGCGGGAAUGGAUGUUUAG